AUGGCCCGUCGCAGUUCAAAGCCAACCACAGCACCAACUCGAUCAUACCUCUUCAAUCGCAGUGUCAGAAGCACGCCCUAUCGAAUCAAGAGUGCCUCAGCACAGAUGCUUCACUUCGAGAACGGCUGGAACGUGCUUGACGCUUCCGGAGGCGCUGCUGUGACCUGCAUCGGACACAACAAUACCCGCGUCAAGCAGGCUAUGAUGAAUACUCUCGACAACGGCAUGCCAUACAUAUCUUCGAUGAUGUUCGACACAAAAGUUACAGAGGAAUUUGCACGCUUCCUGGUCAACACAACGGAUGGGAAGAUGACUAAAGCUGUUUUCUAUUCUUCGGGAACGGAGGCCAAUGAGGCAGCGUACAAGGUUGCAUUACAGUAUCACGCCACAGAAAAGGCAAACCCAGAGCCAACACGCAAAUUUUUCAUUGCCAGAUACCGUUCGUAUCAUGGUGCUACCCUCGGUGCUCUUGACAUGGGCUUUCACAAAGCCCGACGAGAGCUGUACGAACAUGCUCUACCUCACAAUACAAAACACAUUUCGCCAUGCUACUCAUUUCGCAACCUCAAAACGGGAGAGACGGCGGCUGAGUACGUUACACGCCUUAAGAACGAGCUGGAACAGAAGAUUGUAGAGAUGGGUCCUAAGAAUGUGGCUGCGUUUAUAUGUGAGCCAGUCGUCGGCGCCGCACUUGGUUGCGUUUCAGCUGAGCAUGGCUACCUCGCAGCCAUGAGAGAAGUCUGCGAUCGGUAUGGAGUGCUACUCAUCUUCGACGAGGUCAUGUGUGGAAUGGGCCGGACCGGAAUCACCCACGCCUGGCAAAAAGAAGGCGUUGCACCAGACAUCCAGACGACUGGCAAAGGUCUCGCCGGUGGCUUUCAGCAGAUCUCGGCGAUGCUCAUCAACUCUAAAGUGAGCGAUGCUUUCGAGUUUGGCCCGGGCUCAGGCGCGUUCAGCCACGGUCACACCUUUCAAAACUAUCCUCUCGCUUGUGCUGCUGGUCUUGAAGUGCAGAAGAUUAUUCAAGAAGAGAACCUGCUGCAAAACGUCAAAGAGAAGGGAGCUAGACUAUCCAAGCUACUGAAGAAGCGCCUGGGUAGACAUCCAAAUGUUGCUGACAUCCGGGGGGCAGGCCUGUUCUGGGGAAUUGAGUUCGUCAAAGACAAGCAGACCAUGGAGCCAUUUCCCGCAGCUAUGAUGGUGAACUGGAAGAUUUACCACAAAGGUCUGGCUCCUCCAUACGAAAUCCACGUUUACCCUGGGUCAGGCACAGUAGACGGUGUGGAUGGCGAUCACAUCAUCAUAUCUCCUUCGUAUAACAUCACCAAUGCCGACGUUGACGCCAUCAUCGAUCGUGUUGGUCGGCUGGUAGAGGACUUCUUUCUUACGCUGGACGUUCCUCCCACGCCCUUGACUCCUUGA